UUCUCCCCUUACUGUUAGCGAGAAUGCAGCAUUUUCUUGACGGUAUCGAGUCUCAGUUCGAGUUUGUUAGUCAUCAGUAGUGGAAAACCUCGAUUCGAGCUUGUUUUAUAUUGUGUUGUCCAGAAUCUUUGCAACUUGUUGCAGAUAAGGUUCCUGACAUAAUCGGCUAUCCGCUUUCGGCUAAUUUUCCAGCAGGCUGUAUCUACCCAGUCACAGGUCUAUUGUUGGGAUUUCAACAUGAAGCUGUGACUGAUUCUCUCUUUCUCGCUUAACAAACAGAAAUAUGGCAACUGCCAAAAAAGCUUCCUCUAAGGCGGGUGGCAUUCGCUUUGCUGAGGCAAAUGCUGCCACUGAUGCUGCUGCUCACUCCCACGUGCAUUUUGAUGAGAAGCUUCACGAUUCAGUUGUCAUGGUGAUCCCUGAGUCUGAUGGGAACUUCUUGGUUAAGGUUGGCUUCCUGAAGACUCAACACAAAUAUGAAAUUGUCUUUACACUACCAGAGGUUCCAGGGCUUGGGAAAGAUGUGUGUCCAGCUCCUGUGCCCAACCCAUACCUUCAGAUCAAAGAUCUUACCACAGCCCCAAGUGGAGGUUUAAAGGUGACUUGUGAGUAUGUGGCUCACAAGGAGGGGGUGCUGUGUGAGGAGAUGCUAAUAGUCAGUGAAAGCAAAGAAGAUGUGUGCCUGAAGGUGAAAGUUCAUGCCCGUGUUAUGGAUCGACAUCAUGGGACACCUAUGCUACUAGAAGGGGUACGAUGUGUUGGAGCCGAGCUUGAGUAUGACUCAGAGCAAAGUGAUUGGCAAGGAUUUGAUUAAUUGUUAAUUGUAAUUGUUCUUCUCUCAAGUAUUAUCAUUAGUGCAGGUUAGAAUAAAUGCACACACACACAUAUACAUAUACAGUACAUACAUACUGUACGUACAUGCAUACAAAAAUACAUACAUGUGUACAUGCACCAGCCAGCCAUAAAAUUAUGACCACUUGCCCAAAAUUGAGUCUGUCUCCUUUUUGUUGCAAAAAUAACCCACAACAAGGCAUGACGUAUGAAAGAAUGCUGUGGUAUUUGGCACCAAGCCCUCAGUAGAAGAUCCUUUAAGUCCUGUAAGCGGUCAGUAGUUGCCUCCAUGGAUUGGUCUUGUUUUUCCAGUACAUCCCACAGAUACUUGAUUUCAUUGAGAUCUGGAGAAUAAGAUCUCGGAGAUCUGAAGGCAUCGUCCCAGGUUUCCCAGUACAACAUUGGAUCGAACUACAUUGGCCAGCCUUAGCUCCCCUCAGUGAGCUUUGGCUGUCCAUGACCCUGUAUUUGGUUUACUGGUUUCCUUUUUCUUGGGUCAUUUUUGGGUAGGGCAUGACUACUGAAGACUGGGAGCAUCCAAUAAGAUCUACAAUCAAUGCAUCACAAUUAGAUCCUUGUCAAAGUCCUUCAAAUUCUUACACUUGCAUAUUUUUUUCUGUUUCCAAUGCAUCAACUCCAAAAUGACAAAUGUUCACUUGCUGCCUAAUAUAUCCCACCCACUUCCAGGUGCCAUUUUAAUGAUAAAAUGAAUGUUAAUCGUUUCACUUGUCAGUAUGUGUUAUAAUGUAAUGGCUGGUGUGUGUAUGUGUGUGUGUGUGUGUGUGUGUGUGUGUGUUAUAGAUGUUUAUUUUAUAACCUUUGCAUUUGCUCGGUCAGUACAAAAACAUUUUAUAUUUCCAAGCAUUACUUUUCAGCAACAAAAAUGUUACUGAAAGAUGCAAAAAAAAAAAAAAAAAAAGCAACAUCUUGUGUAACAAACCACUUUUCAGACAAAAACAUAAUGGGAUGCUGGGAUUUGCAUGCAACAAUAAGAAGCAGGUAUAAGAGUUAAAAUCUAUAGAUAAACCGUAACUCUACAAGAAUCUUCAUAAUGCUGAGUAAAACAUACCAAAAACUUGUAAAAGGCUACUGAUUUGUUUUUACUAUUAAUUGUAAUUUCUUUUUAAAUAAAGCAAGUAGUUUGUGUAUGCUUGGGAAAUAAAAUGACAAUCGACUUCCUCUACAGUUUACAUUUCCAGUAGGGGGCAUUAUUGGCUACAGAUUGAAAAUAGUUACACAAAAAUGGGGUACAGACUGGCCUGAUAAGAAUGGUUAAAAGGUUUUAACACAGUGUAAAACUGCAUAAAAUGACUUCUCCAAAUUGAGUAAAUUAAUUAAAUAAGAACUAUUUUUUUUUUAAAAGUACAAACUUAUGGUAAUAUUCCCUCUAGUGAUUGUCCUGGUAGACAUCAAGGGCUGAUUCAUUACAUAAACUGUAGUAGUACUCGUUGUCAUUAUUACUUUAAGUGAGCCAAAGUGCCUAAGUCAUUUGUUUUCCAUAAGGCCUUGUAAAAGUCUUGUCUCUAAUUAAUUUAAAACAUCUGAGGCCUUACUUACCCAUAGUAAUGUGACAGGUUUUUUGUACAGUCAGUGUUUCUAAAUAACUGGUUAUGAGAUGUUAUGAUAUGAUUGUGAAUGCAUGAGAUAUUUUAUAAUGCAUGUGAUGUUUGGUGUUUGUGUGUUAAUAUGGUCUUACCUGUAAAUUUCACUUGCUUUGCAAAAACAUCUGGUCUGGUUAAAACCCAAACCUUCUACAUUCACUGUUUUGUUUUUGCCUUUUUAAUUAAAUAAAGAAGACUGUUGAUUGUAAA